AUGCGAACAAGGGCGAUCGAGCCAUGUGCUUGCAUCGGCCUCUGUCAGAUGGCGCGGCGCAAGAUCAGCCGCGUGUUCUGCUCGGGCCGGUUGUUGGGGAGGACCCACCUCCUGCGUUUCCAGACGGCUCGAAACUGCGUUACUGCCACCACAGCGAACAUCCUCCUAGAGGUGGACCGCGACAUGCAGGUGGUUUGCUUUGCGACGGCGCACGGCGGAACCGGCCAUUUAGUACAAGAGAGCUUGCAGCUCUUUGCCGAGGAUCCCGUGGUUGUUCGCUUGCGCGGCCUCUCCCCGCUGUCCACGUAUAGCAUAACUUGGUCUCCGAAUCUGCUCUUCAACACUCAAGGCUCCUCUAGCACAAUGACCAUGCCGCGGAAAUGUGUGGUGAGAACGCUGCCGGAGGACAAAGAUUUCCAACACCUGCAGCUUAUCGCCGUGAGCUGCAACCGGCUCUCCGAGAACCUGCGCGGCGACGAAGUGCAGCGAGAGUCGCUUUGGUCGCAGAUCAGCAAGAUCUGCCAAAGUGGGCAUUGCGACGUUCUGCUUCACCUCGGUGACCAAGUGUAUACUCGAGACAACCCGGCCUGGAAAGGCGAGGCGGAGGCCCUUUGCGAGCGAGCUGCCCUGAUGACGCCAGGCGAUGACGAGAGGCAAAGCCUGGAGUUGGAGGCAGCUAGAUGCUUGCAGCAGGCCUACCGCCAGACUUGGACGUACCCUCUGACAGCAGUUGCUCUGGCGAAUACCGCCAAUCUCAUGCAGUGGAGUGACAACGACGUCUUGAACGAUUUCAACACGUCCGACUACAGGACAUACCAGCCGGCCCUUGUUCAGCGAGCGAUGGGGGUCUAUCGGAUGUACCAGCGACAGCUCUGGGAUGUCAGCUAUGGACAAGGCGAUCCGCCUGCGGAGACUACUCCGGUGGAGGAGUGGCAUUUCCACAGGCUCGGCUCGGUGGGCAUCUUCAUGUUUGACCUGAGAGGGAACAGGAUAAAUGCUGAUGGCACUCGCCGUAGCGCAAGCCUUCUUUCGGACAAGCAGAAGAAGGCCGUGGAAGAGAUUUUCCAUCGCCCGGAGCUGCGUUGUAUCAUACUCUGCUCGGAGCUGCCUUAUGUUUGGGAGCGCCCGGAGAUUAUUCGCUCGAAGGCAGCGCGCUUGGGCUUUCUGAAGGACCACUGGCCCUACAACCUGAGCGAGCUGACCUGGCUUCUUGACCUCUGCUUUGAGUGGAAGGCAGCCUCCUCGAAACGCGACGUCCUGCUUUUGGGUGGCGAUCUCCACGUCUCCGUGUACUCGGUGAUUUAUGACGAAGCCACCGGCAGCGUGAUCCGGAGUGUCACCACCAGCCCGGUGGCCAACCACGUGAGUCGCUUCUACGCGAGCUUGGAGGGCCGGAUCUCCGACAGAUACAGCUACCGCCACGAGCCGCUGCCGGAGUCGAAGACCUUCUGCAAGAUCGAGAUUGCCCUGUCCGACGUCUCCUGCGACGUAAAGGCGGAGCUUGUCUCGCAGAUCGCGGUGAAGCAAUCCGGGCCGUUCAGACGUCUCAACACAUGGAACUGA